ACAUUCACCACGGGCGCCGGCGUCAUUGAAUUGCUCGAAAUUUCUGCGAACCUACAAAAUUAAUCAACUGUUAUUCAGACAAAACAAAAUGUCAUUGGAACAGCUGAAAAGCGAUGUGGCCGAGCUGGCGGCCUUCCUGCAGCAGGCGAAAGGUGCCCGCGUAAAAGACGUGCUGACCACCGCUAAAGCGGAGGCGGAACGGGAGAUUGUCAAUCUGGAGUUGAAGGCCAAAAUUGCGGCAGAGCGACAGGCCACCGGGUCGAGCGAAGCCAAGAGAUAUCUGCACGAGCUGACCGACUACGGCUGGGACCAGAGCGCCAAGUUCGUGAAGCUCUUCAUCACCUUGAACGGAGUGCAGGGCUGCACGGAGGAGAAUGUGACAGUCACCUACACACCUAACUCGUUGCAGCUCCAUGUGCGCGAUCUUCAGGGCAAGGACUUUGGGCUGACCGUAAACAAUCUGCUGCACAGUAUCGAUGUGGAGAAGAGCUACCGAAAGAUCAAGACCGACAUGGUGGCCAUCUAUCUGCAGAAGGUUGAGGACAAGCACUGGGAUGUGCUCACCGCUAUCCAGAAGCGUUUGAAGCAAAAGAAGGACAGCGAAUUGUCCAAAGAUGGCGACAAUCCCGAAUCGGCGCUUGUUAACAUCAUGAAGAAGAUGUACAACGACGGUGACUCCAAGACGAAGCAGAUGAUCGCCAAAGCUUGGACCGAGAGUCAGGAUAAGGCGAAGCUUGGCAAGGAGACGGGCGGCGGAUUGGAUUCUUUCGACGAUCUUUAGAUAUGAUAAUAACCACACCCAUUCGCGAAUUAGCUAACUACCUAAGGCACUGCUUCGAUUCCAGCACAAUUUGUAUAUGUGGAUAAAUAAACUCCCAGCUAGGGCAUUAAGUU